AGUUAUUGUAAAAUCAGAAACGUUUAUACUCGAAGAAGUACUGUCCAGUGAAGCGAAAACCCUAGCACAAGAGAGAGAGAGAGACUCUCGUUCAUCAAACACGCAUAGGGGGGGUUAUUCUUCCUGUUAUAACAAACAAUGGCUGAUGGUCAUGAAUCAGAUAAGAACAUUGAGAUAUGGAAGAUCAAGAAAUUGAUCAAAGCACUAGAAUCUGCAAGAGGUAAUGGUACCAGCAUGAUUUCUCUGAUAAUGCCUCCGCGCGAUCAAAUAUCUCGUGUCACUAAGAUGUUGGGAGAUGAAUUUGGAACUGCUUCAAAUAUCAAAAGCAGGGUGAAUAGGCAGUCAGUGUUGGGAGCCAUUACUUCUGCUCAACAGAGAUUGAAACUAUAUAACAAGGUUCCUCCAAAUGGCUUGGUUCUUUAUACUGGCACCAUUGUCACUGAAGAUGGAAAGGAAAAGAAGGUGACAAUUGAUUUUGAACCAUUCAAGCCUAUAAAUGCAUCACUUUACCUCUGUGAUAACAAGUUUCACACAGAAGCUCUAAAUGAACUUUUAGAAUCUGAUGAUAAGUUUGGUUUUAUUAUCAUGGAUGGAAAUGGCACCCUUUUUGGGACCUUAAGUGGAAAUACUCGUGAGGUGCUUCAUAAAUUCACUGUUGAUCUGCCAAAGAAACAUGGUAGAGGAGGGCAGUCAGCUUUGCGUUUUGCUCGUCUUCGCAUGGAAAAACGACACAAUUAUGUUAGGAAGACAGCAGAACUUGCUACUCAGUUUUACAUCAAUCCUGCUACUAGUCAGCCUAAUGUUGCUGGACUUAUACUUGCUGGUUCAGCUGAUUUCAAAACUGAGCUGAGCCAGUCUGAUAUGUUUGAUCCGCGUUUGCAAGCAAAAAUAUUGAAUGUGGUUGAUGUUUCUUAUGGUGGGGAAAAUGGCUUUAAUCAAGCAAUUGAGUUAUCUGCAGAGAUUUUAUCUAAUGUGAAGUUCAUACAAGAGAAACGCUUGAUUGGAAAAUAUUUUGAAGAGAUCAGCCAGGAUACUGGGAAAUAUGUCUUUGGGGUUGAUGAUACAUUGAAGGCUCUAGAGAUGGGUGCUGUGGAAACACUUAUUGUAUGGGAAAGUUUGGAUAUUAAUAGGUAUGUACUGAAAAAUAGUACUAAUGGCGAGAUUGUCAUAAAACACUUGAACAAGGACCAAGAGUCUGAUCAAAGCAACUUCCGAGAUUCAGCUACCUCUGCAGAGUUGGAGGUUCAGGAGAAGCUGCCCUUGCUUGAGUGGUUUGCCAAUGAGUACAAAAGAUUUGGAUGCUCAUUGGAAUUUGUGACCAACAAAUCUCAAGAAGGAUCACAAUUUUGCAGAGGUUUUGGAGGUAUUGGGGGUAUCCUUCGCUACCAGCUUGAUAUCAGAUCAUUGGAUGAGUUGUCUGAUGAUGGAGAAGUGUAUGAGGAUUCUGAUUAAGCUUCUGUGAUUGUAGAGCUUUUCAUUGUUUUCUUUUGGAUAAUUGGAUGAAACCACUGUCACCCCUAUGUCAAAAAUUCUAGACAUUACUUUGAUUUCAUGGUUCUAAGAUUUGGUCCUUUGUAUUUUUAUGUAUUAUGUUUUUUCUGUUCCAUUGCUUACUAAAUUUUCUUUUUUGGUUAUUUAAUGUAAGCCUAUGGCAACUCUACCAAAUUUUUGGGUGACACCUCAAAUAUACGAGUGCUUCAAUGUCUUAUAAUAUCUUAAGGG